UAUGACUGAGGUUUAGGGGCGAUAUAAUUUAUCGUUCGCUUUACGUGCGCUUGCCGUCUGUUUGUUAGCUGACGAUUCUCGAACAUAAACACUCUUCAUCUGUGGGUUUGUUGUGAACCGAUUCCGGUUGAAAACCUUUUCGGUGGAGAAGUUCACUUUUUCAAAGUUAAGUUAUUCACCUUUAGAAGGCCUCAGAGAGAAAUUCCUUAGGAGUAAGUGAGCUUUUCGCUUCAGUAACAGAAAGCUUCGUCAUGUCUAAGAAAGAAGAGAAAGAAACGAAAAAAUCUGUUUCUAUUUUCUCGUUAUGGCGGUGCUGCAUAGGCGCAGAGACGAACAGACCAAAAGUACAGAAGAAAUCUGUGGCUAAAGACCAGCCAGACGCCCCAACAGAAGAAGGGAAAGAAGCCUUGGAAGACAAGGGAAACGCUGUCAGCACUAAUGACUUGGAACUUGAAUAUGUUCCAACUCAGCCGGAGUCGGCGCCCGUGGUGUCACCAAGCGAUGAUUAUAGACCCAGCUAUGAGGAAGCGAAUACUGCAUCGACAGCGCCGUCGACUGUGGGGAGCGAGGAAGAUUCCUCCUUAAACGCCCCUGCGAGUAUUCAAGUUAUGCAAGAGAACGGCGCUCCAUCGAAGAUUAACAGGGAAAUCGGGACGGGCGGACGGCUUAAUCUGCAGUUUGUGUAUGAUCCCGCACCAUCCAAACUGACCCUGACUCUACUGGGAGUUGAAUUCCCUCCGUUCCAGAAGUGGAAGAUGGAUGAUUUGGAGGUGAGUUGCACUCUAUUGCCGAUACAUCAGCACAGUUUCCGUGCGCGUCCAAAGAAAUUUAAGGAUCCCUUUACCAUGACUCUGACACCAAAAGAGAAAAUCAAAACAAUGUCCCUCAGAUUUCGUUUGUAUAACCACCGUGCCAUGACCAAGCAUUUGAUCGGUCAAGGAGUUGUAAGCCUUGGAGAAAUCAGCCUCAGUCUGCAGGCGGUUAAAAUCGCCUUGGAUCUGAAUAUUCCCGAGACCUACGCCAUUGAUUCCCGCUACAUAGAGUCUGUCACGGGCGCCAGCGGGCAGACAUCGCCAGAAGAUUCCAAACCUGAAAUUUUACUCUCUCUGGAGUACCGUUCUUUGACAAGAAAGCUGAUUGCUGAAGUUAUCAAAACCCGCCAUCUUGGUCUCCUCAACAAUUCCAAACCGCAAGACAUCGCUGUUGAAAUGAAGCUGAUCGGAGAUAACAACCAACUGUUACGCGUUUGUCGAACCUCGCUGAAGAAACACGUUAUUGAUGCAGAAUUCAACGAGAUGUUUAUGUUUCGCGUGACAUACGACAAACUGGCCAGCAUCGCCGUGGUUUUCACGCUAUUCCGUAUGACGGAGAGGCGAGGAAAGAGAGAGAAUAUUGGAGAAGUUUGCUUUGGAAAACAGUCCAGUAGUCAUGAGCAGCAAAACCAUUGGAAUCAAGUCGUGACGGGAUCUGAGCGAGUUGUCACGCAAUGGCACCCACUCUUUAAAUAAGAAUUGCAAAGAAUGCUUUGAAUGCACUCAUUUAAAGGGAGGAACAAGAACUGUGGAGAGUUUGCAGUAUGGUUGAAAUCUAACUAUAAUGGUUAUUUUUAAUGUCUAAAAUCAUACAUAUCUUAUGGAUAAGUCGGUUAGGCAUUGAUAAAAAUUUUUUCCAUGUGCAUAUAAUAUCCAUCAUCAUAUUUUUAAUUUUUACAACUUAAAUAAACUGCGCAUGUAUUUAUACGUGAAUUAGCUGCAACGACAAAAUAUGCGGGGCAUGAUCAUAUUCAACCUUUUCCUCUUCAAACUUAAUUUGUAGACUGGGUAAAAAAAAGCAUCAAUGUCUUUCAGUAGUUCGCAUUUUCGCGUCAAAACGCAGACAUUUUGUAAUCAAUUUGUUCGUCUCCAAAUUUUUGCGAAAAGUUUUAGUGAAACCACGGCAUCCGUGUUUAAUAAGAUUCUUACAGUGUUUUUUGCUAUUUGAUGAAAUAUAGUAGCUACUGAAUUAAAGGGUAGUUGAGUCUGUACUCUAAAUGCAACGUUUCAAGGCUAUACUUUUGGGUGACAAUUUUUAAUCACGUGCACGAUGCGAUACCACUUCGUCUUUUAUGGAAAAAUAUUCCGUAAGAUGUUUGCACUCUGAUUGGCUGUGAAGACACAUUUGUAUUUCUAGAAUGCACGAUAGACUGUUCAAUGAAUAGUUUCUGUCAGCUGACAGUUGAUGUGGGACAAAGCCUCGAUAAAACAUUGACAGCACGGAAUGCAUCAUGGCACGAACCCUUGGUUGUAUAUCGAUCGAUAUAACAGACUUACCAACUGGUAUUUUCAAAUAUUUUUCAUUUUCCGAUCAGUCGAUUUUGCACGAUAGGUAUGGUUUUACUAAUGAAUGGCAAAGCAAAUUAUCUUCGGCAAAGAAUGCUGAGUGGCAACAGAAAAAGAAAGUUUCGGUUGCCGAUGAGAACCAGUGUGAUUUUUAGUGAAACGAUCAAUCCGUCUUUUCUUAUGGAUGAAAUCGGAUAAAAAAAAGUACACGAAAGCAUAUUUUUACUCGUGUAUCUACGAAAAAUGAUCAGUUUAUAUACAGGGAAAAAAUUGAAAAUUGUUCCUUUUUCAGCCAAGUAUUGGUCAGCGCCUGUGAAACUCACUAACAGCAUCACGCUGUCACAUUAAAGCAUAUCUUUCUUUCCCAAAAAUUUGAGAUCAAUUUUAUUCGUCUAAAGAUCGGACUAGUUUACGAUCACGAGAAAGUACAAUAUGUUUGCACUUGUUAUUAAUUCAAAUUGUUUCUCAUUCGACAGUUUCUCUGUACAUAAUUUUGUAACUAGAUAGACUGGUGAGACCAAGUCUGAGCUGUAAUAUGACAUUUUAGCUUUUUUAGGCUUUUACAUGGAAUACGAGGCACCAUUUAAAGGAGUACUUCAAUAAAAAACCGUUUGCAUCUUUUU